GUGGCACGCCUGACUAUCAAAGGGCCAUGGACGGAUGGGAGCCUAUAAAGUGACUUGGGAGAAGCCAGGCGCCUCACUCGCAGGAUUCUGUGUGGAAACUGCCUUCAUCGGAUCUGAGAGGCCUCUCCUGCAGCCGCCAACCCCAAGAUGGCGACCAUGCUGUUGCUCCUAGCCACACUGGCGGGUCUCUUCACCACAACCGAAGGACAAAGCUUCCAUCUUGGGAAAUGCCCAUCUCCUCCGGUGCAAGAGAAUUUUGACGUGAAAAAGUAUCUUGGAAGAUGGUACGAAAUCGAGAAGAUCCCGGUGAGCUUUGAGAAAGGAAACUGCAUUCAAGCCAACUACUCGCUGAUGGAGAACGGAAACAUCAAAGUGCUAAACAAGGAGCUGCGUCCUGACGGAACCCUGAACCAAGUUGAGGGUGAAGCCAAACAGAGCAACAUGUCAGAGCCAGCCAAGCUGGAAGUCCAGUUCUUCGCGUUGAUGCCACCGGCACCCUACUGGAUCCUGGCCACCGACUACGAGAGCUAUGCCCUCGUGUACUCCUGCACCACCUUCUUCUGGUUCUUCCACGUGGACUACGUUUGGAUCCUGGGAAGAAAUCCUUACCUCCCUCCAGAAACAAUAACCUACCUAAAAUAUAUCCUUACUUCUAAUGACAUCGACAUCGCCAAAAUAACAACAACAGACCAAGCAAACUGCCCAGACUUCCUGUAAAGGGGGGUGGGCAACCGCUCCAGGUUAUUUCUUCGCUUUGUGCUCCCUGGCCCCACCCCCACUCCUCAUAAGGACCGAGCAACCCCGCCAGGCACUAGAGGGAAAGUAUUGCUAUAGAAGCCAAUGGAGGGGACUCAUGGGAAGGUGGCCCAAACCCAAGCAGACCCCACACUGUUACCCGCCAGCCCAAUAAUAAACAUUUUGCUGAUCA